UUCUCGCGGCGAGGAAAAUUUGAACGAAAAUUUGUCAGUUGACAGUACUUUGUCUAUGGUGACAGGUUUAGUCGUAACAGCACAUCAUAAUGGAGCAUAAAGCACGGAGGUCCUCCGGAAAUGGCUGCAGACUUCGGAAUCUCGCCAUGUCAAGCACAAUAAUCAAGUUCAGCAGCCACAUCACGCCAAGUGACCCCAUGCAGAGACCAGUGCUCAUCAUUGGACAGACAAAACACUUGGCCAAAGUUACUUAUUCUAAUAUUAAGUGCAAGCUGGAACCUCGUGUUGGAGAAGAAGUGUAUCGGGCUGCAGUAGAUUCUCUUCAUCCCUCUCCCACUGACAGCUGUUCCCUGUACCUGAGCCUUGCUACAGUGGCUGCCUUGCCUAGCAAGUGCUCUCGCCACAACACUCCAUCCCAUGCUCAUUCAAUUACGAAGCUGGUUAAAAGUCUUAGUGCUGGGGUGGAUGAGUAUAUUGUGAUUGUAUGUGAGUACCAGGAUGCAUUUGCCAGCGGUUGCGCAGUGGCUCGAGCGUUCCCGGUAUACAAUCGCAAGUCCAGUGGUUCUCAGCAACACCAGCAAGUACCACCUUCCACAGUUACUGUUGAAUUCCUGUUGGUGGAUGGACCGUCAGGUGGGCGGAGUUUGAGAGAUGAGGAGCUAAAUUCCAUUACAGCUGCAGCAGAAGGGAUUCAAUUGGCAGCCAAAAUUGUGGAUACUCCAUGCAAUGAAAUGAAUACCGAUUCAUUUGUUAAGGAAAUUGAAAAUGUGGGGAAGGUUCUUGGUCUCAAGCCUACCAUAAUUCGAGGCGAAGAGCUCAACGAGAAAGGCUUUGGCGGAAUGUACUCAGUGGGAAAAGCUGCAGUACAUCCUCCCGCCCUGGUUGUGUUAAGUCACACCCCGGAGGGAUCUCAAGAAACUAUAGCCUGGGUUGGCAAAGGAAUUGUGUAUGACAGUGGGGGACUCUGCAUCAAAACUAAGACUGCAAUGUGUGGCAUGAAAAGGGACUGUGGUGGUGCAGCAGCUAUCCUUGGUGCCUUCUAUGCAGCAGUGAAACUGGGAUUUAACCAUAAUCUCCACGCUGUCUUCUGCCUGGCAGAAAAUUCUGUAGGCCCUCAUGCUACUAGGCCUGAUGAUAUCAUCACCAUGUACUCUGGAAGAACUGUUGAAGUGAACAACACUGAUGCAGAAGGCCGGCUAGUACUGGGAGAUGGGGUAGCAUAUGCUCACAAAGACUUGAAAGCCAACAUAAUCCUAGAUAUGGCAACCUUAACUGGGGCACAAGGAAUUGCCACUGGGAAAUACCAUGCUGCCGUGGUAACAAAUUCCGCUGACUGGGAAGAAGUCUGCACCCGUGCUGGCAUAGUGUCCGGAGAUCUUAUCCAUGCCAUGCCUUUUGCACCUGAACUCCAUUUCAGUGAAUUUGCGAGUGCUUUGGCAGAUAUGAAAAACUCAGUAGCUGACCGCAGCAAUGCACAGCCCUCUUGUGCUGGCCUCUUUGUCUGCUCACACCUAGGUUUUGAGUACCCUGGAGCUUGGAUACACGUUGACAUGGCCUAUCCAGUCCACUGCGGUGAAAGGGCAACAGGUUAUGGGGUUGCAUUGCUGGUGACACUUUUUGGACAUUUCUCCAAAAACCCACUUCUGAAAGAGCUUGCACCAUUCUUCAAAAUUAGUGGCAACGACGUUGAAAGUGCUACAAAGAAGAUGAGGCUUAUCUAGCCACUUGCGAGUUUUUAGAAAAUUGGAAGGCAAUGAAAUUCCACAAUUGCUAUUUCACACAACUAAUGGAAUUUUACUCUUUCAUCAUUAUAGUUGGCGUUAGCGAAGCUAGCAGUGAAAAAAGAAAGUUGCAUACUAGAUAAAUCAUGUGGGGUCAAUGUUCGCUGUUGUUGCACUGGUUAUGUAGUGGUUAAAGGGAGGGAACUCUGACAGUGGUUUUGAACCACAGCAUUUAGAGUUGUCCAGACAACCUCUGAAUGACAUUAUGAUCAAUAGUUUGUUGUGUGUGCCUGUAGACACAAAGAUGAUGGAAAAGCAGUCACACUUGUAAAGUAUACUAUUUGAACUACCAUUUGAUACAAAUAAAGCAGUGUAGCAAGAAGUAAAGUUUUACUGGUAUGAUUCACCUCGCUUUCACUUUAUAUUCUAUUGCUACUGUAUUAUGCUUGGCAGAUCAAGCGGUGCCCAUAUUAAAAGGUAUCCAGGGAAUAUUUCCAAAUGGCUCCUGAGUGUUUGAACAAACUCCCACAGCUGUUGCAUCCUCUCCUCUCAGUCUCUCUCAAAGUUCAUUACUUGACAUCAGUAUCGAGGCUGGUUAGAGAGUGCUUGCAACCAGUCAGCCUAAAAGUGUUUGUUACUAUCGUCUCUCCAGCACUGAGUGUAAGUCGAAGGUCCAUCAUACGUCCUCAAGGCGUAAUUCAAAUGUUGAACAUAGCACGUGUGGCAUGAAAAUAGUAGUAGUGUAGCGCCCUCUGUGGACGGAUUGUCUGCUAGGUAUCCACAGUAGAAAAAUAAAGUUUUGGGUUUGGUUUGGA